AACCCCCACCGGAGCCAGACCACCGAAUGACCGCCGCAGCACCAGAACCUGGGCUCGCAGCACCAAGUCACGGCUACAUUCUGAAGGUUUUCCACGGUGAAGACUCGUUUUCUCUGCCGUGCUCCGACGUGUCCUCGGCCAGCUUAACGUCGGCUUCUUCACCCGGCCCGUGGGUGCUGCCUGGUUAACCUCCGGGGAGGAGACUCAACUGACAUUUACGUUCAUUCAUCCAGCCACAACAACAAUGGCAGCGCAGGAUUUUAAUUUCUUACUUGCGACGGACUCUUACAAGAUCACACACUACAAACAGUAUCCUCCAAAUGUUAGCAAAAUCUACUCAUACUUUGAAUGCAGGCGCAAAAAAGAUUCCCAGUUUAGUGAAGUGGUCUUCUUUGGUCUUCAGUAUCUACUGAAGAAGUACCUUACAGGCCCAGUGAUCACAGAGGAGAAGAUUCAGGAAGCCAAGCUUUUCUACCAAAUGCACUUUAAACAGGCUGUGUUUGAUGAAGAAGGCUGGAGGAAGGUACUCGAGAAACAUGAUGGCCGCCUUCCUAUCCGGAUCAAAGCCGUCCCUGAGGGCAGAAUCAUACCGAGAGGCAAUGUGCUUUUCACUGUGGAAAACACUGAUCCCAACUUCUACUGGCUCACUAACUACAUUGAGACCAUGCUGGUCCAGAUGUGGUAUCCCAUCACAGUAGCCACCAUAUCCAGGGAGUUCAAGAAGAUCCUGGCCAAACACCUGAAGGCUACCUCAGGGAGUCUGGAAGGCCUGGACCUGAAACUGCAUGACUUUGGCUACAGAGGGGUGUCCUCACAGGAGUCUGCAGCAUUAGGUGGAGCAGCUCAUCUGGUUAAUUUCUGCAGUACAGACACAGUUGCUGGACUGCUGAUGGCUCAACGAUAUUAUGCCUGUCCAAUGGCUGGCUUCUCCAUUCCAGCAGCUGAGCACAGUACCAUCAUUUCAUGGGGAAGGAACAGGGAGAAGGAGGCUUUUGAGAGAGUCCUAGACCAAUUCUCCUCUGGGCCAGUGUCAGUGGUCAGUGACAGCUACGACAUCUUUAAUGCUUGUAAGCACAUCUGGGGAGACAAGCUAAAGGAGCAAGUCAUGGAGCGCAGCCAGGAUUCCUGUCUGGUGAUCCGUCCAGACUCUGGAGACCCAACAGAGACUCUUAUUGAGGUCAUCAAGAUUUUGGAGGAGUGUUUUGGCUGUUCUCUGAACUCUGUGGGAUACAAGGUGCUGCCUUCUUACUUGCGAAUCAUCCAAGGAGAUGGCAUUGACCUCACCUCAGUAGAUGAGAUUCUCCAGAAGCUGAGUGAUGAAGGCUGGAGUGCUGAGAACAUGUUCUUUGGUUGUGGUAGUGCUUUGCUUCAGAAACUCAACAGAGAUACACUCAGCUGUGCCUUCAAGUGCAGCUAUGUAGAGACCAAUGGCAAGGGGAUGGAUGUGUACAAGCAGCCGGUGACCGACCCAUCCAAGGGGUCAAAGAGGGGCAGAUUAUCACUGAGGAGAAACUCCGAUGGAUUCUUGGAGACAAUAGAGAGAGGAGCUGGCAAGCCAGAGGAGGACCUGCUGGUGACUGUGUUUGAGAACGGCAGCCUGGUGCAGGACUACUCCCUGGAGGAGAUCAGGAAAAAUGCUCGGCUGCAGGACGAGGAGCUCAACCCCAUCCUGCACAAUCAUGAACAGGAGCUGCUACACAAUCACAUCUUCAAUGGGAUUCACUAGAAGCACAAAGCUUAUCACUUCCAUAGGAGGCUGUGGUUGUGUUGGAAUGAAGGCUGCAGUGUUUUAGAAAGGAAUCCAUCACAGUAUGAAAUAAACAUGCUGGAGGGGAGUGAGAGGCUGUUUCUCCCCACCAAGCACAAACAUCACACCACCACCACAGCCAUAAUCCAAGCAGCCCAGUGAUAAUACUUCAGGUAGAUCAGUCUCUUUCACUCAGGCACAAAUGCUGAGACAGCACACUGGUGUUGCAGGACAGCUGCUGUCUUCUCCUGUGUCCUCACAGCUGCACUGUCCCAUCAUCCACCACCCCAACUGAAGCUCAGGAUCACAGAUGAUAUUUACGUAGAUUUUAUUCUUCUUCCCUGUCUGGGUUUGUAGACACUCUUUAUGAGUUUGGAAUUGUUUCCAACACUAGAACCAAAAUAAUUAAAGUAUAAGACGUGUCUUCCUUGAACAGACUCAUAGUUCAGAUCCAGAUCUAAAAAACACACUUCAGAUUUAAGAUUUAAAAAGGAAACACAAACCGUGCACAUGUACUGACAUCAUCACAACACUAAAGAGUGCUACAAAAUAAAUAAAGCACAUAAUGCUGCAUGGCCAUAUUCUGAACAAAAGAACAAAAAGCAGUCAUCCCGGUUCUGGCCAGCAAGGUAGCAGGCGUUUGAUAUUUAAUAAACAAAUAGUCAUAGGAAUACGUCGUGUAAAAUCUAGAAAUGAACCAACAACUUGUGAAAUAACUGGAAGCAAUGAUUGAAACUCAUUUCAUUAAUAUGAAGUACGUCCCUCCAUCAUUCAUUUCAGAAUGCUUGAUGAAGUGCAGGGUAAUAGAGGAGUUUGUUUUUAACUCGUUAUGCAUGUUUUUACUUCAUCAGGGCACUUUCUAUGACGGUGAUGCUGUCAGUAGUCACCCACCUGCUACCUCAGCAGCUGCUACCACACUUAGCCACUUUGCUCUUGUCUAAAGUCUUUCCCAAAUUGUUGUUUCAUUUCUGUGUUUUGCACAAUUUCCUCUUGUGACUAUUCAUUCAUUCAUUCAUUCAGUAAGUACAUCCCUGUGCAAUAUCACUUAAAUGUCCUUGUCAGCAUGGAGGAUACCACAAGUAUCUGGUCAGCUGUUCUGUCAUUCUUCAGAGAUUUAUCUUCAGCUGCUAUUUGCCGGAGGGGUUGGGUUGCUCUACUGUUCCCUCUGAAAUGGUCAAAAGUGCUCCAUUUCAUUAAAGUCUGACACCAUACUUGUCAUAGUUUUCACUUUUUUUUCUUUAUUAGAAGCUGCUGCCACUGUGCUUUGGAAUUUGUCAUUCUGGAAUAUUACUCUACUGCCAAGCUUCUGCCAACUGGGAGUCAUCUUGUCAGCCUUUUUUAUUUUUAUUUUUUAGUUCAUUCAUGGUACCUGUAUAUGUCAUAUAUUAUCACUGGAACUAUACAUUCAUUGUGGAACUCCUGGCCGGGUUCUCGUCUAACAGCUGGACCCGUUUUUAGCCAAACAAAUCUUGGUCUCGUCUGACUAUCAUCUGAUCGUCUGCUCCCUGUAUUAAUCUGACUUCUCUUCAUAUUUUUAGCCAAGUUUCACCUUGCAGUUUUGUCCCAAAGUGUAAACAAAGGUUUCCUUGGAAGUUAUCAAUAGCAUUUGAUGUUAUUUACCGUCCUUUUCCUGUCAGAGCAGUUACAGAAACUCCCAGUAUCCAUUAAGUACUCCUGUGCCAAAUGUGAAGCAUCUGUUCAUCUGUUUUUCAGAGCUACAUUGUGAAAAUAGUACACUGUCCGUCUCUGUGGCUCUUCUUAGUCGUACUACAGUUUGUUUUACACCACCUAAUUAUUACUGCGACUGUGUUUUGACUGAUUUUUACUUUAGUUCUCUGUUACUCUUUUCCAUUGUUUUGAAGUCUCCAAAUCUGAUUUUUACAUUAUCCUUCUGCACUUCUUUUCCACCUGGAGCCAUGAUGCAGGUGGCAGAUAGAAGCUCUGAUGUUCACAGCUCAUUUUCUAACAUACAUGGUCUGUGGUCAUACAGUUCAGCUGAUUGGAAAUCACAGGUGUUUGUCAUUUGGUUUCAGUGAUCACAGGUUUUCUUGUGUGUAUUCAUUUUCUUGAAUUUCUACUUGGGGAGUCUGCAUUUUCAGUAUAUUCUUUUUAAAGAAUUUGUUUUCAGUUGUUCAGAAGAGAAGAUCAGUAGUGACGUUGCACAGUUGUGUGCUCACUUCUGAUGUAUACUACAGCCACUUGUUCAUUUCUUUGAUUGUAAACACUUGAACACUCCUUUUCAGGACUUCUGAUCAAUUCUGCUGUAUCUCAGGUGUGAGUUUGAUUUCACUGUUUUGCAUUUUUAUGUUGCAUUUCCAUUUCAACACAUAAACUGCAACAUUUCAUAAUUUAUUCUCUUUUGGUAAGAUAUAUCAGGGUACCAGUAUUGAUUAGGGAUUGUGAUAACCAUAACUAAUGGGCUGACUUGACAAAUUUGCUAACCUGAUAUGCUCAAGUGAAUGGCCUCAGCUGUGACCCAUAGAGACAUAAAGGUAUCUGCAGGUAGUUACUGACACCACAUGAUGUGUUGUAGCUGCUACUUUGCUUUUAAUGGCCUUUUGACACACAACGUAUGCCUCUGUCAAAUGUGCUGUAAGACUUCUGUAAAACUCUUUAUUAUCUUUUAUGUGAUGAUGACAGAAUUGUGAUAUGGAGAUGUGAUGGCUUUCAGUUCUCACAUCUAAAUAAAUCAAGUAGAACUUAACUACAGCCUGUCAUGGAUCACUAAAGUUUGCAUUUUAUUACAUUUUAGGAUUUUAUUCCUGUAAAUCACGUAACAAAUAUUUGAAUGAAUUUGGUGAAUCAUAGUUUCAUCAUGUGAUUGGUCAUAUUUUAGUGGUUAAAAGGCAAUUUGCCUCUGAUGCUUCAGACCAAAAGAGCAGAAUCUCUCAACUCAAACAGAGUUUCAUUUGAACAGUGCUUGAUUUUUACUGUUGUGUUCUAUUUUUUCAUUUUUGUUUCAUGUUCUUUGUGUCCUUUGCAGUCUGGCAGUAUUGAUUUUUGACAAAUGACUCAUUUUGUUGGGGCAGAUAAACCCUGGAAGAUAGACUGGUGGUUAAACUGCCUUCACUUACAGUAAUGGAGGCUUGUUAUUGUACGUUGCAUAUGCAUUGGAAAUGGCUUCAUGAAAUGGCAUUAUGUAGUAAAAUACACUGAAUGAUGUCAUGUGCUAUUAGCAAUUAUUAAGUAAUGUAUAAUCUGUCUGAUCUUUUAGUACGGUAAUGUAGACCUACAGAAUGUUGGUAAAAUCUGUUCAAAGUUUGAUUUGACUUCUGAACAGUCUGAUGUCCACCAUGCCACCAAUUAUUUCAUGAUGAACUUUCAUCUCAACUCUUUUUGUGCCACCUCCACCUAUCUUGUUUAAUCUAUUUAGAAUUAUCUUCUUUGCCACAAUGCUUUUCAGCAACUUCUGCAAAAUGGGCAUUAUUACUUUGGCAUUAGUAGCUUUUCAGACCCUUAUAAAUUCCAAAUGUAAAGUGUGUUUAGAGGAUUCAGCCUGCUUUGGAGCCUGUAAAUCUAUCAUCAGCUGUCUUAACCAACAUAAUAUCAGGGGGCAGGUAGCAGUAGAGAAAAUGUUAACUAAUGGCUUUGUGUAUCACAUGAGCCACUAAGAAGUAUGGGAAAUGUUUGAGUAAAGGCAAAUGCAGCUGAUUGGCUGCUUAACUUCAGUCAGUUAGACAGAUGUGACACAUGGAAGCUCCAGAUAGCCAUGCUUGUGGUUUGAAACUCUUGUGUCCAGGAUGGAGUUUACCUUCUGAGAAUAGACUUGAUCCUUUGCAGUGCUCAUAUACAUUAACUACAUAUGAACUGGUUCACUUGAAGUGUUGUUUUUUUCAGUCCAUUUUCGUGCCUUUUUAUUUUCUGUUAACAUGGUUGUCUUUUCUUAUACUGAGGAACAUAUUCUGCAGUAAUUAGUUGAGUUUCAGACUGCAGGUCAGAGCUGUUUGUUGGCUGCUUUAUACACAUUAGUGAUGAAGUAGUGAUACAGGAACACACAACUGCCUCCUCUGUACCAGUGCCAGCACUAAUAAUGUAUGUAAUUAUGUUGUAAAUGUACUUUAGGAAAUGGUUUGCGUUUAACUGAUAUGUAUCUUUGUAAUCCUCUGUCUCUCAUUUUAUUUGUGUUUUAAAAGCUGACUUUUUAUAGGAUUAAAAAAAAUCAUAAACUU